AUGAGGAUAAGAUGUUGUGUUGUAUUUUCGAGAAGUUCGAUAACUGGCAGAGGACGACCACAAUUAUCGAGAAGAACAGAGGCUGAUUUGAUUUUGGAAAGAGUAAGGCAUUUUUGUACUCCUCAAAGGAAUAUUAUUUUUUAGGUUGGCGGAAAUUAUCAAAUCAGAUUCGAAGUUCAGAAUAACAGAGAGAGAAAUGUUUUUCCGGUAUGUCUUCGAAUCAAAAGUAGAAUAAAAAUUCUAAGUUCAAAAAUUUCAGCUUAACCCAUUCCCACAAAUUGUUCAACCAGUUGGACCUGGAAGAAUCUCUUUGACAUUUCCACGCCGGCCACAAACACUAGUUUUAUGUGAUAAUAUAGAUUUACGACAAUUGAGAGAAUUAAUGAUUGCACUUGAAAAUAUAAGAAAUGGAGUUGAUGUGACAUUACAACCAUCUCAGGUAAUUCAUUCAUUCAUUUUUGUUAGUUUUUUCACAUUUUGAAUUUUUUAGAGUAGAAGAGGUGGUAUUUCUAGACCAUCAUCAGUCUUAAUAAGGAAUGCAGAAGAUUAUUUGGCACAUGCUAUUAACUUUACGGAUCAAGUAACAACUUUUAUAAUUCAACCAAUUGGAAAGCGAGUUUGUGAUCCAAGAUGGAGGAAUAUGCCAAAUUUAACAAGACUUGUUUUGAAUGGAAAUCUAUUUGGAGAUGGACCCAAUCCGGAUUCAUUGGAAAUUCUUGCAAGUUUUCGACAUUUACUUAUUUUGGAAAUUAGUCAAUGUCGAUUGGGAACUAUUCCAGUUGCAAAACUUGUUAGUUUCUUGUCUUUUGAAACAAUUAAUAACGGAAGGUUGUUUUUUCAGAAUAAAGCGAUAUCUCAAUUAUCUCCAACUAUUCAUUAUUUGAAUUUAUCUAAUAAUGAAAUUCGAAAAUUUCCGAGAGUAAUCCCCAUAACUCAACUUAGACGUUUGGAUAUUUCAAGAAAUUUAUUAACCAGAAUUCCGUGGAAGGUUUGUUUUAGUUUUUCGAAUAUAAUUAAAUUUUGAAUUGAAAUUUAGAUUGUAUUGCUAAGAAAUCUCAUUCAUCUUGAUGUCAGUUCAAAUAAUUUGUCAUCAUUUCCUUCAACAAUUGAAACUCUACAAUUGCCCAAAUUUUUUUGCAAUCAAAAUCCAGCUGUUUUGCCGUGAGUUUUUCAUUAAAGUUUUUCCGAUUAUUUGAAGUCAAUUUUUACCUAAACUUUCGAAUUAUUUGAAAUUAAAUUUCUCGAAAAUCACAUCUCAUAAACGACUCUCAAUUUGUAUUUUUACAGAAUAGGUCGAAGAUUUGAUGAAACAACGAGACGAUUAGAAAAUCCAUGGGGUUUUGAAUAUUCGCAUCCAGGAGGAGUUGAUCGACUUGCUACAAUUGCUGCUCAUGUUGUGAAUACCACCAAGUAAGUUCUGUUUUUUUGAAACUAAACUAAUCCUCCAAAAAUUUGCAGCAAUCUUCGUACAAUUGCUCAACAAAUCAUUCCAAAGCAAUUGUCACACGAAUACGUGAAUUCGAAUGAUCCACAAGCUACGGAACAAUCAGUGGAUUUAUGUUCAGUUUGUGGACAUCUAACACAAAUUCGAAGUGUUACAGCAAAACAGAAAGAGUCGGGAUCAGUAGCUCAAGAAGAAAUCGAUGUUGUUAAUCAAAAUUUAGUUAUAGCGUGAGUUUUUUAUAAAGAGAAAAGGUUUCGUUAUGAUAGAAGUAGAAAAAAACUGUUAGGAAAUUUAAAAUUCUUGUGGAUCAGACUAAAUUUGAAAUAGUCGAUCUUUUAAUGAGAAAUUAGGAAUAUUAAACAAUAUUUAUAUCUUACAGAUAUUCAAAAUGCAUAAGAUGCUCAGUUAAACCGGUUCACCAACUCCAACUCAGUCCUGAUUUUCAUUUUAAUGGCAAUUUGUUUUAA